CAGUAAAAGAGGCUGGUCCAUCCCUAGACAAACCUUAGACUCCAGACCUUUCCUCAUUGGGAUUUACUGCGAAGCUACACGACAAGGGAGACACUACCGCUCUACUCUCUACCUGGUGCAGUCCACAGGAAGUCAGGUUUACGACUUCAAGCUCUAUCCAGAGGACUCAGUGGAGCUGUUCGUGGAGGAAGCACUGACGCUCAACUGUACCGCCACAGUGGAGUUUAACACCCUGGUCGAGUUCCAGUGGUCCUAUCCUGGAAAACAGAUGAACAGUACAGUGGGCAUAGUGCACAAGCGUAAUUCUCUCUCUCGGUUCACGGAGGCCGUCAGCAUCCUGACCAUCCAAAGCGUCAACGUCACCGACACCGGCACUUACACCUGCUCUGCCAUCAGCGUGGACAAAAAAAUGGAUCUGGAAACACAAGUCAUCGUGUAUGAGAAACCAUUCAUCAGCCUAGACUACAUGAGCGGCCCGGUCGUCGAGGCAACAUCAGGACAGAAGUCUUUUAAACUGUUAGUCAAGGUGUCGGCAUACCCCAGACCUGACAUACAGUG